AUGUCAACGAAACAAUUCCAUCUCUUAGGCGAAGCUGCCUCUACAGCUCGAGAAAUCGAGCUACCACCCAAUGUAGACUUUGAAGAGCUACAGGGCAUCGUCGCAUCACACUUUGCAAUCGUCAAGCCAAGCGGCGUCGGUUUCGUUCACGAUGACCGUAAGCUCAACGCUGUCUCCGAAGUCCUUGAGACGGACGAACCCAUCGCAGUCUCUAUCAACGGUAACGCCGUCCGAGAAGUCCCCGGCCCAGGAGGCAUCCCAUACUUUGGCAACUAUCUCGAAAUCUACCCCGACCAUCUCGGCAACCAUCAACGACUCUUUGAGAAGUACGGACCGCUUUUUACAACAAACAGCAUGGGCAACCGUCUGUACCAAACCAACAGCGCUGAAUUAUCCAACAUCUUCCUUGCUGAAGACCACUACUUCACCAAGGACAUUGUUCCUGGCCAUCCUCUUCACCCUAUCAAGAAUCAAGAAGCAGGCGUCUUUUUGGCCGAUACGGAUACAGAACAGUGGAGACUUGCGCAUAAGUUCCUUCCACCUGCGCUGGGACCGAAGGCUGUGAGGCAUUAUGCGCCUACCAUGCAGCGCACAGUUGAGUCGUCGUUCAAGGUCUUUGACGAGCUUGACCAGAAGGGCGAAGCUUGGAACGUUUACCAGUAUAUGCUGAAGCUUGGAUCUCAAGCUGUAGGCAAGCUCGUGUUAGGUAUGGACUUUGCCCACUUUGAGGAAGUUGACGCCCCUCUGCAUGAGAUGGUUCUCAAGAUUGCGGAGAACUUGGAACUGAAUAAGCGUGUGUCUUCUAUGGGUGCUUGGUAUGCCAAGAUGCCUUUUGGCGAUCCUAAGAAGGUGAGGGAUACUAUGGCUAGAAUCAUGGAGAUGAUGGAUGAGUCCAUUGCAAGAGCUUCGAAGGGUCAAGAGGAUCUGGAGCUUCAGGAUGCGGCUCUCAAGGCUGACAAUGUUGUUGACUACUUCCUCCGAGCUACGGAUAACAAGGGUAACAAGCUCCCACCUUCACAGUUCGCCCCCGCGCUCCUAGUCGCCACAGCCGCCGGCUUCACGACCACAUCCUCUCUGUUGUCAUGGUUGAUCUACAGUCUUGUCAAGUACCCAGGAAACCAGGACCGUCUUCUCCAAGAACUGAUCGACAACGACUGGGAUGAAGAUACGCAAGUCACAGCCGACACCACAGCGAAACUGACCUUCCUCGACAAAUUCAUCAAGGAAACACAACGUCUUCACAACCCGUCUUUCCAGCCCGGCCGCACAGCAAAGGUAGAUAUGAUCCUACCGGGCGGCUACCGUCUUCCCAAGGGUGCGGUUGUUAUCUCAGCACUACACCACAUGCACAAUAACAAGGACGUGUGGGAGAAUCCCGGCCGUUUCGAUCCUGAUCGUUGGGAUACAGAACAGGUCAAGAAUAGACCUCCUGGGUCAUACAUUCCUUUCGCGACGGGACCAAGAAUGUGCGUCGGAUUCAACUUUGCGUUGCAGGAGAUCAAGGUCUUCUUGCCAAAGCUUGUUUAUCGGUAUAAGUUCAGUUUGGCGCAAGAUGGCCCGAUUGAGUACGACCCGUACUUUCAGCUUAUUCGGCCGAAUAACUUGUAUAUUCAGGCUGAGAAGAGAGUGAAGUGGCCGCCCAAGUCGGAGUAG